AUGCGACAUUCAACAUCCAUAUAUCUAGCUGCUCUGGGAUUUUCCGAUUUCUUUCUUAUUCUCACUGCAAUGUUCCUUUUCGUAUUGGAAGCAUGGCGACAUCACAAUCAUCCCUGCACACAUUAA